UUCAUCUACCAUUCAACCAGCGCACGCAGCCAGUCCUGAGACUUCGAGACCUCGCACUGAAAAUUCCCAAAUUGUCCCUCUCCUUCUUCUUGAACUCACUCUUCAGCAUACACAAUUCAUUCUUCACACCACAAAUUCUUUUUCAAAUUUAUAAAUUAAUCGUCAUGUCUUUCUUUUUCUCCCAAUGGUAAUCGCCAAUUGAAUUUCAAUUUCCAUCACAAAACAUGUCAUCGGAAUCGUCAACUACGGCGGCGGCGGCGGUGCCCGAGUCACGUGCGCCGCUUCUUCUCCCCCGUCAGGGGAGCAACGGCCGGGACUCGUCCGACCUCGGCUCCCCGACCGCGCGGCCCGGCACGCUGGCGAUGCUGCUGGGACGGGCCACCGGGCGCAGGGGGGCGUCGAUGCUGGUGCGGGAGACGGCGGCGCGGGAGCUGGACGAGCGGCGAGCCGACUGGGGGUACUCGAAGCCGGUGGUGGCUCUGGACAUGAUGUGGAACACGGCGUUCGUGGUGGUGUCGGUGGUGAUGCUGAUAUGGACGGAGGACGAGCGGCCGAACACGCCGAUCAGGCUGUGGAUCUGCGGGUAUGCGCUCCAGUGUUUUGCACACGUGGUGCUGGUGUGGGUGGAGUACCGGAGGAGGAAUAAUAUUGCUUGGAGGCUUAGAAGGAGAAACCAGGAGGCCCAGCAGGAGGAGCACCAGGUGGAUAUCGAUGCUGUCGAUACCGACGAUGAAGAAGCAGCUAGGGAAUUGGCGACUUCCACUCGCUCCAGUGUCUCUAAACGACUUGAAACGAUGAAUACAAUGGUGUCGUUUCUCUGGUGGAUAGUUGGCUUCUAUUGGGUAGUCUCUGGGGGUGAAGUUCUUCUGCAAAAUGCUCCGCUUUUGUACUGGUUGGCUGUGGUUUUUCUGGCAUUUGAUGUCUUCUUUGCCAUCUUUUGUGUUGUCCUGGCAUGUUUGAUUGGAGUUGCUCUUUGUUGCUGUUUGCCAUGCAUCAUUGCAAUUCUUUACACCGUUGCAGGACAGGAAGGUGCAUCAGAAGCAGAUCUCAGUUUUCUGCCAAAAUACUGGUUUCGAGCGAACAGUGAGGAAAAACCUAGUGUUGGAGCAGGAAAAAUGAUUCCGGUAGAAUCAAGCAGCGGGUACCUAGCAGUUGAGCGUGUUCUUUUACCUGAGGAUGCGGAAUGUUGUAUAUGUCUCAGCCCGUAUGAGGAUGGGGCAGAGCUUCAUACGCUUCCCUGUAAUCAUCAUUUCCACGCUACGUGCAUUGUGAAAUGGCUUAAAAUGAAUGCAACAUGUCCUCUCUGCAAGUACAACAUUCUCAAGGGAAAUGAACCGGUUUAAAGGAUCGAUAGGAAACUGCAAGUGCCGUAUGUACAGAAAAUGUGAUGACUGCAAAGCUUUUCAAAUAGGUACAUCGAUAUUGACUUACAGCAUACCAAACUGUAACCCAUUGUGUCUGUUUUCUGGCCAUUUGGAGUCGCCUUUGAUUCUUUCAGUUUUUGCCUGUGCUGUUUCAUGCCUGUGCAAAAAUGGAGAUAUAGAUAACAGGCUUCAAAAUCUUGUUAAUCUGUUACGUAGGUUUCCUUUCCUAGCAAGGAAAAACGAUUGUUUUGCGUAUUUAUGUAUUCAUGUUAUUGAUACGAGGUUUCUAAGA